AUGCAGAAGAACAAUGUGGGAGGAGGAUUACAUCAAGCAUGUGCAGCAUGCAAGCAUCAAAGAAAGAAGUGUCGAGAGAAUUGCGUGUUAGCUCCAUUCUUUCCAGCGGAACAAAGUCAGAAUUUUCAAGCAGUUCAUAAGGUGUUUGGUGUAAGCAAUGUUCAGAAGAUAGUAAAGAGUUUAGAAAGUUAUGAACAGCGAGUUAAAGCGGUGGAAUCGCUUAUUUGGGAAGCAAAUUUGAGACAGAAAGAUCCAAUUCAUGGAAGUUAUGGAGAGUAUAACAAAGUUUUGGAUGAACUUAGAUUGUUAAGGGCGACUUCGGGUUUUGUUGGAUGGAAUAGUAAUAGUAAUGGAUUAGGGCAAAUAGGGAUGGGAAUGGGAAUGGGAAUUGGAAUGAAUAAUAAUAAUAAUGGAUUUAAUUUUAUAAGGAGUAGUAAUGGAAAUAUGAUUUUAGAUUCGAGUCAAUAUAAUAAUUAUGUUUCUCAAGUAUCAGGAGGAGAAGAGAAGUUUAGUCAAGGAAGAGAUCCUUUUACCAUUGUUUGUCCACCACAAUCCAUCAAUGGAGUUAAUGAACAGUUCUAUAUCACAGAUCAAUUGGUGAAUGUAAAGUCGAUGGAUGAUGCAGUUUGGGAUCGAGGAUCGUAG